GUAUUGUAGUGCAGCCCAUCGUGGGUCGAUGGUCUGAUAGUUACGUCGCUGGGAACCCCAGUCGCACUCGUUUGCCCUUCCUGAUAGUCGGAGCAGCUCUACUGAGUGCAUCUACAGUGGUGAUAGGAUAUUCACUCGAGUUAGGAGAACUGCUAGGUGAUCGAGGUAAGCUCUCAUACUCUC